CUUUUAGAGCACGUGACUCCUCUGUUUACAGGCAUCCGGAGAAACAUGGAGGACACCGCUGGUAGUAAUCCCCAAUCUCUCGGAUUUACAGAGAAAUUAAAGUCUUGGCUCUCUUGGUCAUGGACCUAUGUGUGCUUCAUUUGGUUCGGCAUGGUGCUGAUCAUGAUAUACGUCCUGUGGAGCCCGCUGAAACUGCAGGAAACUCUAACCUCAGCCUCAGUGUUUUUGAAUACACUGACCCCCAAAUUCUAUGUGGCUCUCACUGGAACCUCCUCUCUCAUCUCUGGACUCAUCCUUAUAUUUGAGUGGUGGUAUUUUCGUAAAUAUGGGACCUCAUUUAUUGAACAAGUGUCAGUAAGCCACCUGCGUCCUCUUCUGGGUGGAGUGGAGAGCAGCUCCACGACUGGUCUAUUCGCAUCAGUUAAUGGAGAGGCAGAGCCUAGGCCCAGUGUUUCAGAGUGUAAGGUCUGGAGGAAUCCUUUGAAUCUGUUCAGAGGAGCAGAAUACAACAGGUACACCUGGGUAACAGGGAAGGAACCCUUAACAUACUAUGAUAUGAACCUGUCUGCUCAAGACCAUCAGACUUUCUUCACAGGAGACAUUCCACAGUUAAGACCAGAAGAUGCUGUGAUGCAGAAAGCCUGGAGAGAGAGAAAUCCUCAGGCCAGGAUCAGAGCAGCUUACCAGGCCAUAGAAAUGAACCAUGAAUGUGCUGCAGCCUAUGUGCUCUUAGCAGAGGAAGAAGCCACAACCAUCACAGAAGCUGAACGCCUGUUCAAAAAAGCACUAAGUAUCGCUGGAAAAGAUAUCAACUUACUGGUGUACAUUAAACGCAGACUGGCAAUGUGUGCACGCAAGCUGGGACGGAUUAAAGAAGCAGUGAAAAUGAUGAGAGACUUAAUGAAGGAGUUUCCACUUUUGGGAAUGUUAAAUAUACAUGAAAACCUCUUGGAGGCACUUCUAGAGCUUCAGGCAUAUGCUGAUGUCCAAGCAGUCCUUGCCAAAUAUGAUGGUAACGCACGUUUAUCAUACUAUGUUUGUGCCAUUAAAUCAUUCUUGAAAAUGUAUGACAUAUGUGACAUGACCUCAAUUUCCUCUGCCAUUGUAGACAUCAGCUUGCCGAAAUCCGCCACUAUAUGCUACACAUCUGCACUGUUAAAAGCACGGGCUGUAUCAGAUAAGUUCUCUCCAGAGGCAGCGUCACGGAGAGGGCUAAGCACAGCAGAGAUGAAUGCUGUGGAGGCCAUACACAGAGCUGUUGAGUUCAAUCCACAUGUGCCAAAGUACUUAUUAGAGAUGAAGAGCCUGAUCCUCCCUCCAGAGCACAUCUUGAAGAGGGGUGACAGCGAGGCAGUGGCAUAUGCUUUCUUCCACCUGCAGCACUGGAAGAGGGCAGAGGGAGCCUUAAACCUACUACAUUGCACCUGGGAGGGCACCUUUAGGAUAAUUCCCUACCCACUGGAGAAGGGUCACCUGUUUUACCCCUACCCAGGAUGCACAGAAACAGCAGAUAGGGAACUGCUGCCCUCUUUCCACGAGGUGUCUGUGUACCCAAAGAAAGAGCUUCCCUUCUUCAUCCUCUUCACAGCAGGCCUUUGCUCCUUCACUGCCAUGCUGGCCAUGCUCACACAUCAGUUCCCUGAGCUCAUGGGUGUUUUUGCCAAAGCAUUCUUCAGCACACUCUUUGCACCCCUGGGUUUCUUCGCAGACAAGAUGGAAAGCUUCAUGCCGUCCAGUUUUUGGCACCAGCUGACUCGAAUCUGACCCCAUCUCUCUCACACACACACACACACACACACACACACACACACACACACACACACACACAUACACACACACCAAUACCACUCCAAACCCUCAGACAAAAAGUGUUUGCUCUCCUGUCUUCAGCAUUACUGUCCACUUGCUGCAUUGUCACUGAUUAUGUUGGCUGAGGUUGUAUCAACAUGGCAAUAUCACUCUAAAGAUGCUCUCCUACACUGUUCCAGCAGCCACAGUUUUUCCAAGAGCACAUUUAGAGAAUACCAUUUGCAUUUCAUCAACGAUUGCACAGGGUCGUUCAUUAGCCAUGAUGUUAGCACUGGGCAAAUUCAAGUUUUUGUGUAUCCCACAAAGCCUGGCUGCAUAUAUUUGGUGCAAAAAUCAAAUUAGGAAUUCAAUAGAGGCACUCCUCUGCUCCAUCACAAUAAUAAAUUUAAUUAAAUCAUGAAAAAAGCAUGUUUUUAAUACUUCUCUAACUAAUGUCAGAUGAGUUUUAACCAGUGUGUUACUGACAACAGAAAACACAAACAACAAUAUGUACAUCUUGUAGAAUAUGUUCACUGAUAUGAUCCUUUACCCCUCUUUUCCCUGUUAAAUUAUUUAUGUGUAUCACAAAAGAUCCCAUUGGGUAUUUGGGAUGAGAACCUCUGUGUCCUAUGUCAACCUCUUAGUGCCCCGCAGACUUCCAGUGGGGCAGAUUUAAACGUCUGUAAGAAAAGAAAAAAAAAGCUGUGAUUUACAGCUUCAAAGUGCCUGCAGUGUAUACAACGCCUCUGCAGUUUAACAGUUGUUACUAUGGCAUGACACCCCAGCACUACAUCACUAGGGCAACCGCCGCCCCUGCAACAUCGAAAUGUAAAUGGGAUCAUCACUGGUCACAGUUAGGCCUGUCAUGGCAUCACUCAUUUCUGCUGAUUGCACUACAGUGUGUUAACAUAUAAGUCAAACACCAAACAAAAAUGAAAGAGGCAGACGUUGCCAUAGUCAUACAGAGAAUAAACCGGCACAGGCAACUUACUAUAGUUGUAAUACAUGAUGUUAAAGUAGUUCUAAAUACACAGACAAGCCCACAGAGAAGCAUUUGGAAAUAGGUGACAAAAUGAACAGACGCGCACAGACAUAUUGUACAAAGCAAGCUAUUAUUUUACUUUGUAUGUACAAAAUCACUUGCUUUGCCUUUGACUGUGUCUGUUCAUUCUGUGUCUGUUCAGUUGAUUAUUCUGUAACUGGUUUAGUUCUGAUAUUUUUUUUUUUAGUUUUAUCAAACUAAAGAUGCCAGCAUCACCUUGUUGUAAAGUAUAAUGUAAAAACUAACCGAUAAUGUAAUAACCUGUCAGAAACAAAUGUGCCUGGUUCUAAAUCGUAAAAAAAGCCUGUCCAUGUAAUAUAUAAUCCUAUUAUCGAUGUAAAACUUAAUGAUUGACACAUUACAACACUUAGUCGUUGAUGAUGAGAACAUAAUGCAACAUCAUCCCACAUUUUAUUACAUUAACAGG